GUGGCCAAAGAAACACAACACAAAAACAAAACGCAACGGAAGGGAGAGAGAGAAGGAAGGUGAAGGAAAGCGGGGAGGAGGCAACCAAUAGAGUGAAAGAGCACGGAUCGAUGACGUGGCAAGUAUUUUUGAAAUCCCGCCUAAACCACCCGGACUUCAAUUCGUUCGUGAUUCAAUUUUAAUUUUGGUGCCUCUCGGCUCAGCUCCUUCUUAUCCCCUCCCUCCACUCCACGCACAACGCACCAUACCCAUACGCAUCAAAGCCAAAGUGUCUCUCUUGCUCUCUUCUCUCUCUCUCUCUCUCUUUCUCGGAAGCCCUAACCCUACCCUACCCUACCAGGUUUCGCCAUGAAGGGAGGUAAAUCGAAGGCGGAUACUAGGAAAGCUGAUAGCAGGCUUUCCGUAAAGAAGAAAGGUGCGGCGAGUAAGAAAGCGGCGAAGAAAGCCGUGAAGGAUCCGAACAAGCCAAAGAGGCCGCCAAGUGCCUUCUUUGUUUUCAUGGAGGAAUUCCGGAAGCAGUACAAGGAGAAGCAUCCGGGCAACAAAUCUGUGUCCGUUGUCGGCAAAGCUGGUGGAGAUAAAUGGAAGUCACUGACCGACGAGGAGAAAGCUCCCUUCAUAGCGAAGGCAGAGAAAAGGAAGACCGAGUACACCAAGACUAUGCAGGCUUACAAUAAGAAAAUGGCCGAGGGAGCAAAGGCAUCCGAUGAGGAUGAAUCUGACAAGUCGAGAUCUGAGGUGCACGACGACGGGGAUGAAGAAGAUGACAGUGGAGAGGAAGAAGAGGACGAUGAGUAGACGAGGGAGAUGGGAGAAAAUGUGCAUGACUCCUAGGGAUAUGAUGUGACUUUUAUCUGGCUAAAUAGUUUAAUUUUGCUCUUUUUUUUUUUUGCCCUAAGAAAUUAGAAAAGAAAUUCCGUCGCAGGAACGAUGAUCCUGAAGCGUAAAUGUCUAUGUACUUAGAUAUUUUUUGUUCAAUGAUCAAGCUAGGGUUAUCUUU